AGUUCCCUUGAAAGUGAAGUAAGUGAAGCAAAUGAGAACUCCAGUGAAAGUGAAGCAAAUCAGAACCCCUGUGAAAGCAAAGCAAAUCAGCACCCUCAUGAAAGUGAAGCAAAUCACAACUCAAACAAAAGUGAUGCAAAUCUGAAUCUCUGUGAAAGUGAAGCAAUUCUGAACUCCCAUGAAAGCAAAGCAAGUCUGAACCCCCAUGAAAGCGAAGCAAGUCUGAACUCUUAUGAAAGUGAAGCAAGUCUAAACCCCUGUGAAAGUGAAACAAGUCUGAACUUCUGUGAAAGUGAAGCAAAUUUGAACAUUUGUGAAAGUAAUGCAAAUCUGAAUCUCUGUGAAAGUGAAGAAAAUCUGAAUCCUUGUGAAAGUGAAAAAAAUCUAAAUUCUUGUGAAAAUAAAGCAAAUAAGAACCCUCCUGAAAGCAAAAGUAGUUAUCCUAAUAAAAAUGAA